ACUGAUGGAGAGGUUGGCGGACAUGGCGGCCUGGAGGCGGCGGGUGUUCGGCGCUGGCGAUCUGGACGCCACAAUACUGAGACAUAACACCGCUAAUCUCAGUUAUAUUGAGCGACUGGAGCUGGUUAACCGUGUGAUGGUGGACGUUCUCCUGCAAGCAAUACCGGACAGGUCUUCAUCCCGCAACACAACUCAUGUGGAACCUCCUCUCCUGGCCCCACGAAUGGCCCCAGCCUACCGACGUCGGCCUACAUACGAUGAGGAACUAAAACAAAACAACUCUUCAGUCUCUCCGUCACGCGACGUAGCGUUCCCCGCGAGCCCAACUUUUCGAAAUGCACUUGUGGAGAAUGAAGUCAACAGCUUGGGUUCAAACAGCACUGGUUUGCAGUUCACAUCUCCUGUCUAUCAUGGAAAAAAUUAUUCGUCGACUGAGAGCACCCCUUAUUUUGAGAAGCACACCAAUCUAAGCGGUAGCCUGAGACCAAGCGUUAGUAAACCCAAAAUUGUACCAAUAGAUACCAUAACAGAAAAUCCUGAAACUAAAGAUCACUCCGUGCCUCGUAAUCAGUCAACUGAUCGUCACGAUUCAACAAAUCAAACAACUCCUCAACUAACCUUUCAGUUGGGGAAACAGAAUUCUUCCUAUUUAUCUGUUUUCGGAAAAUUUCCUCGCUCCUCCAGCGCACGGAAUUCUUCCUCAUCUGGCAACGCCUCUGCUAAUGUCCUUCAUUUGGAAAACACUUUGCCUGAUGGCAACACAAGCUUGACCUCGGCACCCCGACUGAAUAACUCUGCUUCGAGGAAAACGAAUGAGGGUAAAGCGCCUGCUGAUCUCUCAAGACAAAGCACGAAUGUUCACAUAAGAUUUUCAAGAGCAGCUCAUGUAAAUGGCCAAUCAGUACGUAAUGUUGGGGAUAAUCAAAACGAAACUUCAGUUUCUCCAGAUACUAUCAAGGUUUCAGAGCAAAACACAAAUGAAAAUCUAAACCUUCAAUCAAUUUCAUUUCCUUCGAAUGAAAUCGAAAGUCUAGGAGAUACAAACGUGACCGAGCAUAAUAAUACGAAUGACAAUUCAUCUAACAACUGGAAGGCUGAAAUCUUCAUUAAAAUCGGGCUUCAGUUUAGAUCAAAUCCUUUCGGUAGCACGCAAGCCGUACUUCCAAGGGAAAAUAAUUCGCCGAAUAAAGACAGCGUGAUCAUGUUGCCAGUAUUCACAUCAGUACCCGAGAGACUUUUAGAAUCGCAAACUUUGUCGUCCUUGUUAAAUUCUUCAAUUCACAUUCUCAGUCGAAUGAAUCCUUCCCUUUCUCCUGAACAUAUGCAGGCCACAGUUAAUCACCCUGAACUAUUACUUUAUUUUAUCAAUUCAUCUAUCAGCCUAACAGCGCUUGACUUUGAUAAUAGCAGUAAAAAAAUUGACUCCUCAAACCAAAUCGCAAUCACCUUCGCGGAUCAAAAUACCUCACAAAACUCGUCUCGUCGCCCAAAAUUGCUCACAAGUGACUCAAUACUUCAAGAAAUCAGAGACAGAAAUCAUAACCUGACCUUAUCUUCUUCGGACGAGAUAUUGAUGAGUAAUUAUUCUCGUGAGACAGCAAACCAGAAUUCGACUUGUACCUUGCAAGAGCGCUGGAAUAAAGUCGAACACCUACGACGGUCCAUAGAGCUGCUGCUGCUCUCCAUGCCAGUGACGGUAAAAGAGAUGAUGGAGGCGUCCUCGCAUCCUUAUCUCGACGACUUCAUUUUCAGGCCUCAGGGUCGCAGUAUCUUCGCGAUGACGGGUCAGUGUGCCGAAUGCUACAUGAGGGAUCCUCGAGGGAAGUGUCGCGAGGUCCUCUUCUGCAAGAACGGGGCCAGCGUAUCCUCUAGGAUACUCGGGUAGCCGUGAUAUCCUUGAGGAAAGUCUUCCGAGAGUCGUUGACGUCCCACGGUGAUCCUGGGGUUGAAGUCCUUGAGAUCGAUUUGAAGUCGAUCCUUUUGAAGUCCUUGAGAUCGAUGUUAGAUCGUGUGAUAAUUUGAUGAACAGCAAGUUCUUCGGUGAAUAAGUGAAAGAUUUUGUAACUUGGAAAUUUUAUUUUAGGGUUAUUACAGAGUUCCAUAUUGAAACUCAUACUUUACUUAAUUUUUGUGUUAAAGUUUCAUGUUUAAAGUUUUCACUAUAGCGAUUAAUUGUUAUACAAACCACCCAUGACGUCGACGAAAAACUUGGCACAACGAAAGAACACAGAUUGUAAGCAGAUAUUGUUCUUGUUAUAGAGAACUGAAAUGCUGGACUUGUCACUUCCAAUGCUUGACACCGAGAAGAGAUCUCGUCGAACGAAAAAUUUCUGCCGAUGUGAAUCCAAGUUUAAAUCGAUGUGAAUACAAAUUAUGAAUACUUUCAUAUUCAUGGAAAACUGAGAAUUCAUCAAUGAAUGUGACGAGGAAUUCAGCGGUUUAAUUCAUAGCCUACGCAUUUAUUGAGGCCCACUGAAUAUUGCACACAAAAGUUUUAUAUUUUAUUUAGUGACUUAUCAAUAAUUUUUCUUUGUGAUAAAGAGCGAGAUUAUGCAGACCUUUUUGGAGGUUCUAAGCAUAUCACACAGAAUGAUUGUUCAUGACCACAAUCAUUUGAUCUUAUAAUUUUUCAUACAAUUUUCAAUAUCGUAUUAAAUGAAAUAGUCAUCAUUGUAUUAUUAUUAUUAUUAUAAUCAUGAGAAAAUUAAUCUUCCACAUAAUCAUUGGUGCUCGUCGAUGUCGAAUGUUUAUAGAAAUAAGAACUUUAGAGAUAAUUUCAGAAACAUAACUUAUUUUUGAGUAACUAUAAUCAUGUAGUAUUGGCUAUUUUCUUAGCUCAUAAAUUAAUUUGUCUCAUAGACAACCGAGUUCGUUAUAGAACUCGAUGAAUUGUAGUCUGCAUACAUCAAUGUAUAGGGAGCAUACGUAUGCAGUUUGUAUGAGUCGUGUGUUGUGCCGGGGAGUAGACCAGCAUUCACGUGGGACUCUUCAGCUAAAAUUACAGUAGGUGGUGAUAAGGCAAGCAUAAGUUAUGAUGAGGCUAGCAUGGGUUAUGAUAAGGUGAGCAUUAGUUGUUAUUAUACGGUGAACACCAGUUAUCAUAAGAUAAGCAAGAGUGGCGAUAAGACGAGCAUGAGUAGUUAUUAUAAGGUGAACACCAAUUAUCAUAUCAUAAGAUAAGCACGAGUGGCGAUAAGACGAGCAUGAGUUGUUAUAAGGGGGGCAUCAGUUUUGAUAUGGUAAGAACGAGCUAUGAUAACUUGAGCAUUAGUUGUGAUGAGGUUAGCACAUCUGAAAUUUGAUUUAAUUAGGUAAAUUAAUGGGCAAAUGAACUAAUUUUUUUUAUUUAAGAAGUCUUUUCUCCUUUUCACUCAUGAAUGAGAAUUACUCUUCACAUAUUAAUAUACUAGAUUUCUAAACGUAAUGUUUUGUGUAAACCUUAUAUAAUCCCACAGGCAUGUAAACACGGUAUAAUCACGCUUACUACUUUCAUUAAAACCAAAAAUCCGAA